CUUAGCUAAGAAAAUCCAUUGGUGUUGUUGACAUAGAGGUUUAGAGUUAGUCUCAUUCUCUAUGGGCAACAUGGUAUGUCAGGGUCUCACUCUUAUUUGGUUUUUCUUCUUAGUAUCCCAGGUAUCGCCACAUCCUGUACACUGCUAUGAGGUAAAUAAUGUAUUGGAAGAGGGAAGUGAUUUUCAUGUUCAUAAUAAAAGGCAAGUAGACUGUUCUCCUGUUCUUCAAGAAGAAGAACCCACCGGACGUCCAAGGCUUCUGUCAGAUGAGGAUAGAAAAAAAAUACAAACAAGGUUAUUUGAAGGUCUCCUGCAUUUCGGAACAGUUGUAAACCACAUCGACACAUUUAUAAUGGAUAAAAGCAGAAUGAUAUUGAAAAGUCUUGGAAAAAUGGCUACAAGUGAAGAAGAUACAAGAUUUGAAAUUUAAAUAACAUAGCACCAAGUAGGAAUGAAAACAUACAAAUGAAUCUAUAUUUUUCUAUACAGUAGUUUAUUUACAUUUUUAAUAAUUUGUUUAGCAGUCUUCAGUUUACAUAUUUACAUAAAUUCAAUGUGCAGUCUUAUUUAAAUGGUUAUACUUUUACUUUAAUUUGAAAAAAUCUGGAAAUUUGAGAUGUUUUAAUGUUUCAAAGAGACUGUAACCCAAAUAUUUACUAACAGCAAUGGCGCCAAUAGCAGUGCAUGAAGAAGCAAUGAGUCCAAAACAGAGGAACUUUCUUGUUUUUGAAUUUGGUUUAACAACCUCCUGUAAUAUAGCUUGAUUAUAAUAUUUAUAAGA